AUGUAUUAUACAUAUCAGAAUGUAAUUCAUUUUUUAUAUAUUAAUUUGCAGAUUGAGGUUGCACCUAUAGAUGUUGAUAAUGAAGUUGAAGAACAAAUACAUGGUGGUGUUACUCGGUUUGUUCGUACGGCUGGUGAAGAUUAUUUUAGAAUUCCUGAUCAUGUUUCACGCAUGGCUAAGCUUCAUGAAGGGUUAAAAGAUUUGACCAUAAAAUUUUUGCAUCUGGACCCGCCACUGCAGAUUACUAACGGUACCAGACGUGAAAGAAGAACCAAUGGUCGUGGUUAUCGAUACACUUUAACCUCUUGGAAGAAGUUCAUGAAAGCCGCUCAAAUUAAGUUCAAUGCUGAGUUUAAAACUGCUAAAGUUGUAGAAUGUUCCAUAGUUUCAAAUUCAAUUAAAGAAAUGGAAGAAGGUGCAAUCACAUUGUUGAAUAAUUUGGACCUCAAUGUUGAUAACUAUACCAUAAGAAUACGCAUUGUUCGUUUGUGGACAAGAGCUGAUUUCAAUAACGCUAGAAAAGUGUAUUGUUAUGAUAUGAUAGUCAUGGACAGUGAGGGAACAAAAAUGCAAGCUUUUGUCUUGGCUAAAAACGCAUCUGGAUAUCAACAUCUUUUGGAAGAAAAGCGUUGUUUGACGAUUAGAAAUCCUUCAUUGGGUGAGAAUCGUCAGAAGGUCAAGUACGCUAAAGGUGGUUUGAAGAUUAACCUUAAUAACAACACCGUUGUUGAGGAAUGCCACGAGGCUAUUGGUUCUGAAUGGGGUUUUGAUUUUACUCCGUUUGAUUCAGUUGUGGAGGAUCCAACAGUUGACAACAAGUUUUUAAAAGUCCAAUUGAUCUUUGUGACACUUUGGGACGGUUAUGCGGAUCAAAUAAUGGAGUAUGAGAGCAGCAAUCAAGGUGAAAAAAAUGUCGUCGUAAUCAUUCAGUUUGGGAAAUACAAAUUCUGGGGAGGGCAUUUGUCUGUUUCAAAUUUGUAUACUGUCACCCGAGUCUUAAUUAACAGUGAUAUUGAUGAGGUUGCUGAGUUUAAACAAAGAUUUAUCGAGAAACUUUCUCCCGAAAUGUCUUCCAGCUAUUCUGGCCUAAGUUCUUCUGUUGUGAAGUCUGCCACUAAAGAGUUCCUUUCUGACCUCACUUUUUUUCCCAUUGGGUCGUUAAGCUCAAUAGAUACGACGAGGUUUGUUGUCAUUGUUGGCACUAUCAAGAGUUUUGCAUCGAACAAUGAGUGGUUUUACAACGCGUGCACAAACUGCAACAAAAAGGUUUCAACCGUUACUGUUGUUAAAGAAAAGCAUGAUGGUACUGAUGGUUUUGAAGAGGUUACUGUCUUGGAAUGCAAGACUGAUAUUUGUAAUACAAGGACCGUUUCAUCAAUUCCACGAAUUAGGCUUUAUAUACGUGUCCAAGAUUGCACUGGUAUUGUGAGUCUAACAUUGUUUGAGCGUGAGGUGACAAAGCUUUUGAAGGUUAAUGCUAAUCAGCUUUUAGACAACAACAUUGAAUUAGCAAACGAAGGAAGCUUUCCAAAGGAGCUAAAUUCAUUACUCAAUAUGAAGUUUGCCUUCAAGAUUGCUGUUUCUUCUUUUAACAUCACCAAGAAGUCUGAUGGAUACUCAGUCUCCAAGAUGACUGAUAACCCGGUUGUUUUGUCCGAGCUUGAUAAACAUUUUGACACUAUUCAGCCUAUUGAUGAGGAAGCCGUCAAUGUCGAACCAUCCGAUUCAAAUCGUAAUGAUGAUUUGCCUGUUAAGGAUUCUAUAUCCCAAACGGGAGACGAUGUAACCCCUUGCUCAAAUGUGUUUAAAGUUGGCUUUACAACAUCGUUUGAUCAGAAGGAUGCUGACUUUGAUACGAGCAGCGAGCGUGACUUGAAGCGCAAUUUGGAUACCGUGUAUGACGUGGAUGAUGUAUCUUCGCAGUCUUCGUCGAAGUCGCGUAAAGAUGGUGGUGUGGAUGCAGUUCUUCUAAUUCCAAAGAAAGAAAAGUAGUCACCUAUAAUUCGA